UGCAUGGCUCACCACGGCCACACUCUGCCUUUGUUUUGUUUUGAUAUCUCCACUGAAAAGCAUUUAAAUUGGUUCGAAUCCUGAGCAAAAUUAUGUCGUACGCCGGCUAUAGCCAGCUGCCCAGUGGCAGCGACCAGGAGCGCAGGCAGGCGCAGCUCGCGGCCAGCACCUACGACGUACUGCAGCGGACGACAGACAGUAUCCAGCGAUCCAACCAGAUUGCCAUCGAAACGGAGAACAUGGGGGCGGAAGUGCUGGGUGAACUGGGCGAGCAAAGGGAAUCGCUGCUGCGCACCACCCGCCGCCUGGAGGACGCCGACCAGGAUCUGUCCAAGUCGAGGAUCAUCAUCCGGAAGUUGAGCAGGGAGGUGCUCUACAACAAGAUCAUCCUGAUCCUGAUCAUCAUCCUGGAGGUGGGCAUACUCGUCGGCUUGCUGGUGCUGAAGUUUGCUCACCUGUGAGCCCAUGCCACUAUAUUCCAAAGUAAUAGUCACGAAACAGGCGAAGGACUAUGUCUAUGUAUUAAUCGUUACGAAUGCUUUGCCCUAGAUAAUAAGUAUAUAAAUGUAUAUAACGCAACGAAGAAAUAUAUACUCUGAGAAAAAAAACAA